ACAAAGCCUGAAUAAUUCCCUGAAAAAUCCGGGAAAUGAAUCAGACGUGACUGGCGCGUCUCUGUAGAAUCAGCACAACAAGAUGUCUUCGAAGCCAAUCACCUUAUACGACAUUCCAACCAAGCUUCCUGACGCGCCGGGAUCUCCAACGACGUGGCGAACGAGGUACUCUCUGAACAUGAAGAAACUCCCGUACCAAACCGUUUACGUCGAGCUUCCCGACAUCGAAUCUCUCGCUAAACAGAUCGGUGCUGCUCCUACCGGCACUAAACAUGACGGAGUCACGCCUUUGUACACGGUCCCCAUCAUCCACGACCACGCCACGGGAGCUGUCGUAUCAGAAUCUGCCGCUAUUGCAGCGUAUCUCGACAAAACUUACCCGUCCGGACCUUCGCUCGUCCCUACUGGUACGAUGCCGCUCCAGCUCGCAUUCCGUGAUGCGGUAUCAGACGUCUUUGGUGGUUUUCGCGGGUUCAUAAUGAAGGGCUUCCUGCCGAAUUUGAAUGACAGGACGGUCGUGUAUUGGAAGUCCAGGUUGGAGGAUCAGGGAGUGAAUUUGGAGACGUUGUUUAAUGGGGACGAGGACGAGGACAAGGCGUGGGAGAAGGCUCUGGCGGGUCUUGCGAAGAUUGACAAGUGGUUCGAAGGGAAUAAGGGGCCGUUUGUUAUGGGAAGCGAGCCGUGUUUUGCGGAUGCUGUUCUCGGAGCAUUGUUGAGGCAUAGUCGGGGUGUUUUUGGGAAAGACAGUAAGGAGUGGAAGGACAUCGCUAGUUGGAACGGAGGGAAGUGGGCGAAAUACCUGGAGAGCCUCGCGCCGUACGAAGCGAUUCUCUGAUAAGCACUUGUUGCACACCUUGAGGCCGUUUGUCUGUUUUCACAUUUCGAUAUACAGGAUUUGAAUUUUGUGGCAUUCGUUCGUAUCCCUUGGCAUAUGCGCCAGAGGCAGCAUUGAGAAUUUUGGAAGUUGAGGAUUCUUCUUCAU